AUGAAUGAAACAGAGCUUCUUGGUCAAGUUGUGAACAGAACAAGACUCUUAAACUGUUUGUCCCUUCAAAGCAAGAUCCGAAAGAUCAACGACCACCACCACAAUCGUCACAAAAUGUUUGAUUCUUCUUCAAAAUCGUUUAAUACAACCCAUUUAAUAUUCCCGAGAACGUUCGACGAUCAUCAAGAUUCCGGCGUUUGUUCACCUCCUCUGUGGAGAACGAGCCCACCCAAGAGCCCUCUUCACAACAAGCAAGCCAAUCACCAGAACCCCUCUCAUGUUUCCAAGGCUCAGGUCAUCGCUCGUGGUCAGCGAGAGCUUAUGGAGAUGGUUAGCAAGAUGCCCGAGUCGUGCUACGAGCUCUCCUUGAAGGAUCUCGUCGAGGUGAACACAGCAGAGGAGGAGAAAGAUCGGGAAGUGUUGGAAGAAAUGCCUCAGAGAACGAAGAAGAUGAAGAGCAAAGUGGUGAGGAAGUCAAAGAGCGAUAGAUGGGUGGAUCCGAGGAGUCGAAACAGGGGAGUGAAUAACAGUGGGUUUCUUCUGAAUUUAGGGUUUCCUGUUAGCUUGGGUGCUAAGAAAAAGACUAAGAAGAAGGAUGAUGAUGAUUCUUCUGUGACAAGCAAAGGCUCUGCGGUUUCUCCCAGGCCUUCCAUCUUAGAGGAUAAAGUUUGGUGGAGGUCAGAAUCGAGUAGGAGUCUGAGAGGUGUUUCGAGGAUCAACAGUGGGGGCUCGAAGAGCAGUGCUGGUAGUAGUAGCAGAAGCAAUAGCGAUCGAAGCAGACGCAGUCUAAGGGAUGAAAACAGAGGAUGCUUAUCUUGCCUCUGGAAUGUAUAUCUAUGAUUAUGAAACUUCAUUGGUUUAUACACUUCUUGCUUUAACCUGAGCUGGAUUUAGUGCGUUCUGUAAAUCCAUGGACGAAGGAAUCCAGGAAUGAUGAAGAUGGAAGCAGAGGACAUGAACAUCUUCUUCAAUGUACAACCAACUAUUCUAUCCCUUUACUUUUCUUUUAGUUCUAUAUAUUACUGAAUUUUCUUAAUGUAUGCAUAUAGAGCACAUGAUGAUGAUCUUAUUAUAUGUAGAUUGGUACUACUCUAGCUUUUGCUAACAUAAACCAAUAGAAGUGUACCAAUGCUCAUCGAUAUAUAUCAAAACGUUACGGUUUUG